AUGGAACGGAUCACAAACACUUUGAAUUCAGCUGAUUCAGCUUCGAUAGUAUCAUCAUCUACGACGCCAUCCGAUGAUGAUGAUGAAGAUGAUGUUGAUGAUCAUCAUAAAUUCCCUACUUCAUCAUCAUAUUUUAAUUCCAUAACAACAAUCAAUGGCGUCGUUCCACCCUAUACAAAUGCAAAAAUAAAUAAUAAUGAUAAUGAUUCUCAAAUUACUGAUGAUUUAUCCUAUGCUAUUCAACCUUCUACAUCAACAACAACAUUAGAUACUGCACAAUAUAAUGCAUAUUUAAAUUUAAAUACAUCGAUAAGUGAAACAAGCAUUGAUCAACCACUUAUUGAACAAGAUCAAACAAUAUUACCUAUAUAUGCAUCACCGAUAAAUAAUGACGUUGAAAGAAUAGUAUCAUCAGCAUCAUCAACAACAUCAUCGUCAUCAUCAUCAUCAUCAUCAUCAUCAUCAUCAGUUAGUUCCAAUGGUUCACUUGUACAAAAUCGUCGUUCGCAUAUAACCUUGUACGUUAGUGAUAUGCUAAUAUCUGCAUUUAUUAUAACACCGUUUGUUAAUAUUCAUUGGCGUGGAGCUUGGGAUCUACUUGAUAUACAUUUACUACCUGAUUAUCCGACUAUAAGUGCAUUAAUUUCAUUAGGUAUCGGCUAUUUAAUGCUCUAUACAUUGUAUUUAACACAAAAUUGCAUACAGAAUUUUUAUGAAAAGAAUCGACAUAAUAUUUUGGGUGUCAUAAUGACUAGAUUAUAUACAUUAAUACUUGCAUUAGCUUAUAUUCAUCAAUGGCGUGGCUUAUGGAAUUUGCUAGAUUUGACAAGUAACGAAUGGUAUCAUCUAUUAGCUGAAACGGGAGCUAGUGUUACAUUUCUUUUAUUAAUGAAAUCCAUCUAUAAUCUUAAUUCAGCACCAUUUUUAAUUGGUAUUGACACAGACAGCUAUUUUUUACUUGAUUCAAAAUAUACUGUUACAACAAAUCGUUUUUUGCAAUAUCAUUUUGAUUUUUUCUAUUAUGAAUUGGUUGAAGCACCAUUAUUAACUAUAGCCUGGCGUGGUUUAUAUAAUCUUUCUGAUAACUAUAUAUGUCCUGAUAAUAGACGACUUUCUAUGUUAAUAUCUUUUGUUAGUGGUUAUGUUUUAUUUUUUAUUCUUGCUCUGAUACAAGUUCCUGUUGUAAAAUGUUUAUUAAAACUACGUCGUCCCUUAUUGCAUACGUUUGUAUCAAAUAUAUUUCAUUUAAUUGCAUUUCUGAGUGUUGUUCAAAUUUGGAGAAGUUUAUGGAUUGUUUGUGAACAAUAUCUCAAUAUACCAGAAUAUCAUAAUACAACUCUUUGGCUUUGCUAUGGCGUUUCAUUUCUUGUGCUGACAUGUGGCUUGGCAGCAUGUUCAUUGAAUGGGCCAGGUGGAUCCAAAGAUAGUUAUGUUGAUGAAGAGCCGAUACUGUUAUUUAAAUUUGAUUAUUUUUCAACUUUACUUCGAGAUCGAGUACGUCAUUUAAAGACUAAUAAAGGAGGUAUAUGUCGAAGUCCUGAUAUAUCAUCAACAGAAGCGAUAGUGGUUGGUAAACGACCCUAUCGAUUUGAGCCUCCCUAG